UUCGGAUCAGAUGACAGAAACUGGCGGCUUCUUGGAUGGAAAUUAUAAAUUAUUCUUUUCUUAGCUAGUUUUUGCCCUCAAGAGGGCGCAGCAGUGGUACCUACAGCUGAGGUUGCUCGGGGACGGCACACCGCAGAGUUUGCUAGUGAAUUGCCGUCGAAGGUACCUCUGGCCCGAGUCACCUCCGGCCCUGUGUCCGCUAGCGCGGUCCAUGUGGCCUCGUCGCCCUUGGCUCAAACAACCACCGCAUCCCAUCAGAGACAGAAUUCAUACCACGUCGUAUCUUCCUCCCCUUUCUUUCUUCACAAACACUCCCUCGACUUCCUCUCCUCCUGCGCCCCCCGACACUCCGUCCGCUCCUCUUAAUACUCUCAAUUCCUCUAUCUGCCUCUGCCGUUUUACUGUCUUUUCUCCUCUUUGCACACACUCGUUUGCCUUACUUCCAUUCUACCCCACAUCACCUGUACCUUAAUUUGAAUCAAGGCCGGUCUCUGCUGGCCUCAUAUUUCCCUUUACCACCCUACCUAAUAUCUCGAAUCAACUAUGAAAGCCCUAAUUCUCGUUGGGGGGUUUGGAACCCGUCUGCGACCCCUGACUCUUACCCUUCCGAAGCCGCUGGUGGAGUUCGCCAACCGCCCUAUGAUCCUACAUCAAGUUGAGAGCUUAGCUGCUGCCGGUGUAACAGAUAUUGUUCUCGCUGUUAAUUAUCGGCCAGAUGUCAUGGUAGCUGCGCUUGAGAAGUACGAGCAAAUAUAUAAUGUAAAAAUCACCUUCUCUGUCGAAUCGGAGCCGUUAGGCACCGCGGGACCUCUUAAACUCGCAGAGGAGAUCCUAGGAAAGGACGACAGCCCAUUCUUCGUUCUCAACUCAGACGUGAUUUGUGAAUAUCCCUUUGCAGAACUAGCUGCUUUCCACAAGAAACACGCAGACGAAGGAACAAUUGUGGUGACAAAAGUGGAGGAACCUUCUAAAUAUGGUGUUGUGGUACAUAAACCAAAUCAUCCAUCGCGCAUUGACCGCUUUGUUGAGAAGCCUGUCGAGUUCGUGGGGAACCGCAUCAAUGCCGGAAUCUACAUCCUGAACCCCAGCGUCCUGAAGCGCAUUGAGCUCCGCCCUACUUCUAUUGAACAGGAAACUUUCCCGGCCAUAUGCAAAGAUGGCCAGCUUCAUUCCUUUGACCUGGAAGGAUUUUGGAUGGACGUUGGACAGCCCAAGGAUUUUCUCACGGGUACCUGCCUGUAUCUUUCUUCACUCGCCAAACGCAAUUCGAAAUUUCUGUGCCCGCUUUCAGAGCCAUACGUUUACGGAGGAAAUGUGAUGGUAGAUCCCUCUGCUACAAUUGGGAAGAACUGCCGUAUUGGACCCAAUGUCGUGAUUGGACCGAAUGUCGUGAUUGGCGAUGGGGUACGACUUCAGCGCUGCGUCCUACUAGAGAAUAGCAAAGUCAAGGAUCAUGCGUGGGUAAAGUCGACGAUUGUCGGGUGGAAUAGCACCGUGGGUAGGUGGGCACGACUGGAAAAUGUUACUGUCCUUGGGGACGAUGUAACUAUUGGGGACGAGGUCUACGUCAAUGGAGGCUCUAUUCUCCCUCACAAGAGCAUUAAACAGAACGUUGACGUUCCGGCUAUUAUCAUGUAACCCAACAUAUCCUAUUACAUGAGCCUUCUCUUAAUUCCACUAAGAAGAUCUUUUAAGCAAUACCAACAACGGAGAGGACAAACUUGCCUUCAUUUUUUAUAAUCACUUUUGACAACCUAAUUUCAAGCAUGGAUUGGAGUCGUUCUGUGCAGAUAAUUAUCAACGGCGCGCGAGGUGUGGAGGUAUGUUACGUGUUGGACGCGAAACGUCAAAGAGGUGGGUGCAGGGUGCGUGGGUUUGUCUGGAUCGAAUCAAAGGUAAUACAAAUAAAACGGGACGUUCAAAAACGGGUGGGUUAUGCCUAUAGAGCGGCGGGCAGGGUGUUGAUGAGGUUGACAUUUUUGCUUUUCCUUCCUGAUGUUAUUUAUUUAUUCCCCCUUUUCUUUUCUUUCCUUUUUUUUAAAUACGUUACUAGCUCAUUCAUGUCCGAUGAGUGAAAAAAUAUCUUCCGCGGCCCAACUUUUUGUUCUCAUGGUUUUUGUCGGUUCUCAACUCCUUCGAGAGAUCCCAUAUGCUCAUAAUCUCCCUUGUUCACAUAUUGCAUGCGUCGUUUUCUCCGCUCCAUUUUCUGACUUGGUUCUGCGUUUUUGCCUGGGGUUCAGGAACCUAAUUCUUCUAUUUUAGUUUUCCUUCGUACAUUCUCCUUUUUCCAUUUUCCUCCACCUCUGUAGUGUAUCUUGCUUCCCCUUUCUUGCCUUACAUAUAUAUAUAUUGCUUUUGUUUGCCUGAUAUACUGCAAGAUCUGGCUCGAAUUUUAAUCUUAGUUUAAUUUACUUAGUGGAUCCUCCUCUCUGGUGUGUAAUUUAUCCUUUUAUUUCAGGAUCUGGACCAUGUUUCACAUUCCAGGGCGCAUACCUACCACAUGGGGUUCAUAUCAUAUACGCAGUAAGGGUAGGUCUCGUAUGAAAAGCAAGCCAGAAAAUCAUAAAAUGUGAGAAACAAUAAAGAUUUCUUCGGAUAUCUGUGUAUCACAAUUAAACCCGCUUAGAGGUAUUAUCUAGAUUACAAUGUAAGCGCCAUAUACGUGGAGCGGGUAUAUUACAAUAAUUAAAAAGGCUUCAAAAAAAAAAAA